UGAGUGUAAAAAAUAAUAAAAGAGAAGAAAAUAACGCAACAAAUAACUAUGAAACAAUAUUGAUGAUCGUGGCACUCUUUAAAUGUAUAUGGAUCAUGGAACAUGAUCCACAUUUAUAGAGUGACGGUUGGAUUUACUCCAAGGUCCAAUUCUAGCUAUUUGUGGUGUCGUCAUUGCGGUUUACAACAUGUCUAGAAACAGCAAAACGGUGACGUUUGAUAAACCCUUGAUCUUAUAACAACACGAAUUGCGAAAGCCACGUUUCCGGUCAGUGUCAUCUUCCUGUGACAGGAAACAAGGCUCAUUUUGGGGGAAGCCUGGGGAGACCAUUGAGCUGCUCUCCGCUCCUCCUCCUCCCUCCACCAGAUGUUUGACGUGGCAACUCGUCCGGACGUGACAUCGCCGUGCUAGUCCCGGACGCGGAGGAACCAUGUGGGUUCUGGUGCUGGCCGGUCUUUUCUGCGUCUCCUCGGCCUACGAUGUGGACCUGAAGAAACUGGAGGGUCUCGCCAAAGCCCGAGUAGAGUCGUGUGGUGGAUGACAGCUGAACAGGCUCAAGGAGGUCAAAGCCUUCGUGGUCCAGGACAUUCCUCUUUACCAUAACCUGGUGAUGAAGCACAUUCCUGGAGCCGACCCAGAGCUUGUCCUCCUCAACCACUACUUUGAGGAGUUGGAUAGGGUCGCCUUGACUGACAUGACCCGCUCCGAGAUCAAUGAGCUGCUCGAGAAACUGGGCUUCUACAAGAAGAACCAGCCCGACAAUCAGGUUCCUGAAGAGUUCCGCUUCUCUCCUGCCAAAGACAGUCCGUUCAAAGAGGAGCGGGAAUACAAGUCCGCCACUUCGCACCCGGUCCCUGAGAAAACGUCAGCGGACGCCGAGCUCAAACACACCGACCUUUAAGCAAACACGUCGUAGCAUCAGCAGGUUCUGUUUACACUGGCUGUUUUUUUGUUUCUAACAAGCAAAUGUACAUGUCUACUGAUGUGUCUGGUUCCACAUGAGCUCUUGUGGGGUCAGCCUUUGCCAACCCGCCGUGACGCUCAAUGACGCUUCAUGCUAUAAGUCUUCAGAUCGGCCUGAGGUUGAUGCCACAUGUCAGGCGGGUCGGAGGGAAACUCUCAAGAACACAAGUGGUUUAAAAGGGAAAAUAAAGAUACAAGGAAAAUGGUUUCACUUUCUAAAAUACACCUGGAGGAGUGCUCUAGUUUGCAUUUUUUGGCACCACGGUGAAUUAUUUAUCAAUUUACUGUAUUAUUUUUGUUUUCUAUUUUCAGCCAUAUUUUGGCAAAAGUAGCAUUUUUGACUGGUAAUACAAUUCCUUACAGUACCAGUUAAACUCUAACCAUGCAUUUACAAAUGUACUGUAUUUCUAUUUCUUUCACUACGUUGCAUCUUCCUCCAACCCUCUGAUUUACUCCCAAAUGCAUUUUUUGCAACUUUAAUUUCCAUGAUUUCCCUCCUAUAUUAAAUCACCCCACCCACACUUACCGCUAGGCGAUACUCAAUAGGUUGGUAAACUGAACUGAAGUUAAACCAACAAAUGCAUAUAAUGAGUACACAAGCAAACAAAUACAUUUUUCCAAUUUAAUCGUCAGUUCAGAAACAUGACAGGAUGACGUGUUCUCAAACAGCAUUCUAUGCUUUGGUAGUUGUUGCUCAAUCUGUAGCAAAUUUUGCAUCUCAAAUAACAUCUCUGAAUUUACAAAAAGAAAAACCAGCCCCGAAGAAAAUCCUCAUUUUAAAACACAACUGUUGGUUAGCUGUUGGAAGCUAGAGCUGAUGAGAAAAAUGUAUAAAAGAACUGAACAAAAGCUCCACAGCCAACCAUGUGCAUGUGAGUGUUGAGCAGGGCGCGGUCAGCACGUCGCCAGGUGAACGCUAGAUAUAUACGUUUUCAAAUCUCUUCAAUAAAGUGACGCGAG